AUGCAAGCCACGUUAGAAGGGACCAUUGUCCAAGCCAUUGUUGGAAGUCGUGCACAAUCUGGAACUGUUAGAGCAGCGCAGUUAAGGAUCAUGUAUCAGGAUGCUAUUGGAGAGAUCGUGCAAUGGGACAGCAAAGGUUGUUGGUCUACAAACAACCUUUUUUUGGAGCUGGGCUGUCAGGGAUCAUUUUGUUGUAUCACAACUCACAGUGGCAGGGGAGAGUAUUGUUGCAGCUUGUUUCUUAAGGAUAAGGCUUACUUGGUAGUACCCAAUCACGAUGGAGAUCUCCAAUUUGCUGGCUCAGUAGACAAGACUAACAAUCAAACAGACAAGCAUGGAAACAUAUUUGAAAGGGCUACAUUUGUGGGAGAUCACUGGACGUAG